AUGGUUCGGAUUUGGUCUGUUUUAGUGACAACUACUGUUGUGACCGCGGUGACGGUGGAUGAGCUGGUUGGUACUUGGACUACUAAGUCUCGCGAUGUUUUGACUGGACCGGGAUUCUAUGAUCCGCUGAACGACCGAUUCAUUGAACCAAACCUGACGGGUAUCUCUUACUCUUUCGACGCGAGUGGGCACUAUGAAGAGGCGUACUAUAGGGCUUUGGCCAAUCCCACUGAACCAUCGUGUCCUACUGGGUUGAUGCAGUGGCAGCAUGGAACAUACGAGUUAUUUGCAGAUGGAUCUUUAAUCCUCACCCCGAUCACAGUUGAUGGCCGCGAAUUGCUGUCUGAGCCAUGCAAAAAGAGCACUGCUAGCUAUACUCGAUACAACAACACGGAGAGAUUCAAGGGUCUCUCGAUAAUAGAGGAUAGAUACCACGGCAUUCAACGACUUGACCUGACGCAAAUUACAGGCAAGAUCAUGCAGCCUCUAUACUUGUUCUCUCACUCUCCCAGAAUGCUCCCCACCACGACCUUGAAUCCUAUGCCGGCGGCGUCUCACAAAAAGCGAGAAUUGUCUGGAUCUGGAAUUCAUCUGGUGAUCAAGCAAGAGCUGAUCAAUCCAGAUAGAUGGUGGUGGUUGGGAGUGUUGAUGACCUCUCUCGGUGGAGUGGCCUUCUUCUGUUCGUAA